AUGUUCCGACCAUCAACCCUAAGAAAGGUUAUUGCCAACAUUUCUAAAUUAAAUGUGCUGAACCUUCAUCCGCAAUUUGCGACCCGAUUAGCAUCAUCAUCAUUGAACCAUUAUUUCAAUCAUCAUGAUCACAACAGCAAUCACCAAUUAUUUUUAUUAAAUUCAGCAUCGUCGUGCUUAUUUUCAGUAACACAAAGGAAUAUUUUCAUCCGAUCCAGCGAGACUCCAAAUCCCGCAAGCAUGAAAUUCUUUCCUGAAUUUAAAGUGUUGGAUGAAAAAGAGUAUCCAGAUAUUUCCAGUCUCGAAAUUUCGAACCCACUUCAAGCCUAUGUUUCUCCACUCGCAAAAUUAUUGUUCAAAAUUGACGGAGUGAAGGGUGUCUUUCUGAGUCGCGACUUUGUAACAGUGACUAUUGAUGAUCCUUCAAUGUGGUCCCAUGUAAAAUUAGAAGUAUUUUCCACUUUGAAUAACUUCUUUGAAAAUGGAGGAACUGUUUUGAAUAGAGAGGCCAAACCAAACGAAGACACCAUGAUUCAGGAGGGUGAUGACGAAGUAAUAAUUGCAAUUAAGGAAAUUUUAGAGACUCGAAUCCGUCCCAUGGUUCAAGAAGAUGGUGGUGACAUUGUUUUUUCUCGAUUCGACGAUGAAACCGGUACUGUCUAUGUCAAGCUUCAAGGCAGUUGCGCCAGUUGUCCAAGCUCAACAGAGACACUCAAGAAUGGUAUUGAAAAUAUGCUCAUGCACUAUGUGGCUGAGGUUGAGCGCGUGGAGCAAGAAUUGGAUCCAAUGGAAGCGAUCAGCGAGGAACAACUCAAAAAGACUGAGGAAAGAAUAACAAAAGAAAAGAGUAUUGUCGAUCAGUAUACUGCUUAA